AUGUGGCGACAGGAACAGUGUGGAUUGCAAACUACAAUCCAAAAUCUAAAUAUCACCGUGCCUGUGAUUGAUCUUGCACCAACCUGUACACCCACCUCUCUGAACGCAGCAAUCCUCUGCAAACUUGACAUAACCCUCCAUGGGCUUCACCGCAAGGCAGGUGUUCCUAAUCAUUCACGUAUCAUCCUGAACAACGUGAAUAUGACGACCAUUAUCCUUGCUGCUGAGAGAAAGGCUUCUCUUGCUCCGGAUACCUCACUAUUGGAUAGAGUCCAACGCAUUCCAACUGGACCGCGAUCAAACAUUGGCUCCUACAAAGCCCACCUUCACCCAGUCGGCAUUCACCCAGUCAGCAUUCGCUCGUUCAGCAUUUUCCCAACCUGUGUUUGGUCACACUGCGUUUUCUCGGCCGACUUGUAUACACAACAACUCCAUCGGCAUGACUCCAACCUGGCCCCAUCACACCCAGAUUUCUAUGGAUUCGAAAUGCUGAGCUGCUUGCCUGUGCCAAGUAAGAAUUCAGUUGAAAGCAAUUACAUGAGGGAGGCUUAUGAAAGUGAGAUAUAUGUCUACCGUUUUGUAUUGCCACUAUCCUGUUACUCGUCCGCUCGAAUGAAUCGAUGUUUGAUUUACUUUGCUAGCAUUAGCUAA